CGUCAGUGUCAACAGUUGCUCCCCGUAGUUCCGUGCCGUUCCCGCACAAAAUUGCAAUUGCAUUUUGUAGCGCCGGCAAGUGAUAUAGUGAGACAGGGCGUGUCCGGUUUGACCCCAACAGGAUUAGCUACAAACCAAGAUCAAGUUCGGCAGCGCCGUGCAGUGCAUUCUGACUUUCUGGAUAACGAUCGGGUGGCGUGGGAAAGAGACACAGUUCAACCGUUGUCGGUGCAUUGUCGGAGUGAAUUUCAGUGGUCUCGUAGUCUAGUUUCGAACAAUUAUCUCGUUUAGGUGCAGUAUAGGGAGAAAAGUUGCAUCUAGUUUCGACUGCUGGCAAGGUGCAGGUAAUUUUCAUACAAAUGGAAUCGGUACAUUUUGUAUCGCUGCUACUCGUGAUUGUGAUUACAAUGGUACCUGUACAGUAUUGUUUGCCUUUUCCUCUCCAACCAAACUCCACCUAUGAUCCUGACCUGGAAUUCAUCAACUACCUGCACCGAACUCAUGACAGUAACGAACUUUUCGAAGAGCAGCCCCCCUUCGAGUUUAGCAAGCUCACCGUUGACAAAACUUUGAGUACACAAACAUCAAACAUCACUGUCUUUUCCUACCGAGAGGGAGAUAAAUUCGGCCCAUCGAAUUGGGGCGCCCUCAGCGCCAGCUGCGAGGGAAUUUACCAGAGCCCCGUCAGUAUAGUCACCAACCGCUCGCUGAUCGUGCGAAGGAAGCGAGCCCUCGAUCUGGUUGGGCUGCAACAUCGACCCAGAACGAUGCAGGUGUUGAACGAGGGUGGCUCGGGUGCGUUUUUCCCCGAGUACAACCCGAGGACCCGUCCGCGACUCCGGGGAGGACCGCUGAAGGUGGACUAUUUGUUCUAUCAGUUCCACUACCAUCUCGAAUCGGAACACACACUGGACGGACAGCGUUCGGCAGCAGAGGUUCAUCUGGUGUUCCACAGCAGUCUGUAUGAGACUUUCCAGGAUGCUCGGGAUCAGGUGGAAGGAGUUGCCGUGAUAGCGCUAACUUAUGACGUUCUGCAGGGUAGCCGGAUAGAAUCCCUGAACAAGUGGACUCUGUAUCUGGACAAGGUGACAGAAGUGGGAAGCAAGUAUCGUAUUCCGCCGUACGGAUUGUUUACGUUGGCUGAUGUGACCGGAGAUGUAGACUGGCCCUAUUUUUACUACGAGGGAAGCCUGACGACACCACCCUGCUCGGAAACGGUCCUGUGGAUUGUGGCCAGCGAGCGGAUGAUGCUUUCGAGGGGUGAGUUGAGGAAAAUGCGGCAGCUCGAGGGAAGAGGCGGCGAGUUGAUGCCAAACUCAAGACCCAUCCAAGCGGUUAAUCAGAGGAGAAUUUUUCUAUAUUAGAAUAGAGUAAAAGAUAUUGAUAAUGCUCUUUCCUGAGAAUGUGCCAUUUUUUAGUAAAUAAGAUGUAGCUCUUAAUUCAAUGAAAACUCUGAGCAUCACUAUUUUAUGUAAGAUCAUUGUUAGGCUGACCAAAUAGUUCAGGAAUGAAAACAGAACACGUUGACCCAAAAAAAAAGUAUUAUAUUUAUUAUCUAAUUUUUUUUGAACAAUUUUAUUGAGUAAAUAAAACCGAGGAUAAAUCCAAA